AGAUACAAACUGUGACAAAAAGAAAGAUAAUCAGUAUGCAAGAAAAAUCCGGUUAACAACAACAAAAUGAGUGACAUGUUUGUAAAGGAUUUGCAACUGUAGCAACGUGUAGAAUGAAAAUAGGUUACAGUUAUGAUAAAACAUCAAAACGAAGUACAUACAAUUUAAAAUGUGGUAGUUUUUAGUUAGCUAAAAAUGAAUCAUCACAGAAUCAUCCGAAAGAACGGUCAGUGUAAUAUUCAACAAAACCAAAUGGAUUUUUAUUGGAGCUACAACAAACUAAUAGACUCGUCUUGGUGCUCCACCCUGUUCCUCUACUUAAUAAUUUUAUUGUCGUCUUGGUGUGCAUUUGGGGCACUCUACUGGGUGAUAUGUGAUGCACACGGCGAUUUCGAUCCGAACCACCUGCCCGAGUUGCAAGAAGCCUCCAAUCACACCCCCUGCAUUUAUGAGAUGUACAAUUUCGCCUCCUGUUUUCUGUUCAGCAUCGAGGCUCAACACACGGUGGGUUACGGAAUCAGGGCUCCGACCGAAGAGUGUUCUGAGGCGAUUUUCGUGAACAUAAUCCAGUGUAUCGUCGGUUUUAUAAUGCAAGGCUUCAUGGCCGCCAUCAUUUUCGCUAAGAUGACGUUGCCAAAGUUUCGCAGCACAACCAUGAUGUUCUCGAAACGUGCCGUUAUCACCACGAGAAAUGACGUGAAGUAUUUUAUGUUCAGGAUCGGAGACAUUAGGAAGAGUUACGUGUCUAAUCCGUCAUGCAGAGCGUUUUACGUGCACACAGAACUGACGGCAGAAGGAGAGACGUUGAAGGGACAACAAAAGGAGUUGAAGCUAAAAGCUGAUGGUUGCUGUGGUGAUUUUUUUUUCAGUUGGCCUUUGGUGAUGGUACACGAAAUCGACGAGCAUUCACCUUUAUACCAAUUACAAACCAACAAAGAUCAAUUCGAGAUCGUGGUAGUUUUGGAAGGAGACGUUGACAGUACCGGUCAAACCACGCAGGGCAGGACCAGUUACACGAUCGAAGAAAUCGUUCUCGAAGCUAACUUCGAAAAUAUGAUGUCUAUUAACAGAUAUAAAAAUGGGUAUGAGAUUGAUUUUUCUAAAUUUGACAUUUUAAUACCAAAAUAUGGGGAAUAAAAUUAAUAUUAUUUGUGGUUUGUUUCAUUUUGUAAA